AUGGCAUCUACUGGGAUUCUUUUGGCGUCUCUUCUUCUCCUCUCUUGCUUAGCAGAAACCUCCCAUGGUGUCCUCUUUUCGUCUCUGAAACAAACUCUCAUAGUCACUGCGUCACACAAAGAAGGACAGGUUUACAAAACAGGGAUAGACAAACUCACCGUCUCGUGGGGUCUGAACCAGAGUUUCCCAGCUGGAUCAGACUCAACCUACAAGACCAUCAAGGUGAAGUUCUGCUACGCGCCGGUGAGCCAGGUGGACCGCGGGUGGAGGAAGACGGUGGACAGCCUCUCCAAGGACAAGACAUGCCAGUUCAAGGUUGUUGCUAGGCCCUACAGCAGCUCGAACCAGAGCUUCGAGUGGACCAUCGAGCGCGACGUGCCUUCCGCCACGUACUUUCUACGCGCCUACGCUUACGACGCCGCUGAUGUUGAGGUGGCUUACGGUCAGACCACAGACGCUCAAAAGGCAACCAACUUGUUUGUUGUCCAGGGAAUCAGUGGACGCCACGUGUCCCUUGAUAUUGCGUCCAUUUGCUUCAGUGCUUUCUCGAUUUUGUCCUUGGCUGGUUUCUUUAUUGCUGAGAAGAGAAAGGCAAAGUCGUCCCACGAGAAGUGA